ACUCUUCAGUUGUCUGCAGAAGAAAGGAGCUUUAGCCAUGAAUGGGUAAAAUACCUGCUGACCCAAUCUUCUAAAUUAUUGCUAAAUUUUUAAAAUAUCUUCCACUGUAAGAGUACAAAGGUCAAUCACCUAUGCAACUUUUCGAGUAUCAUUUCUGUUUAAGGAUAAACAUUUCUGGUAAGAAGUCCAUUGGCCCCAGUUAUUAUUCAUCAUUUCAAACAAUUCCCUGUGGUAGGACAAACAGUUCAUUCAGUAUUCUCAGAACUGACUGGCAUUUUAUUAUAUGAAGACUUUUGAUUUCUUUACAUUAAGUGUAGUCAAAUUCUUACCCUUGGAAGACUCUCCACGUUUCAAAGGGACCUGCACUUUAUUUAGUUUGUUAUGUAGUUGAAAAAGCGUCAGAAAUGAGGGAGCUGUUUGUUUCUGAGAUAUAUCUCUCAUUAUUACUGAUAUUUAUAUGUGAUUUUUUUACUGAAGACAAUUAUGGAAAAUUAUGUAAAUGGACAUUGUAUUUAUAAUGGAAUAAUAAAUAUUUUUAAAGCAUGUUUAUGAAUUUUAAAAAUUUGUGAGAGUGUGUUACCUUUCACAUUUUGGUCUUUAAUCUACCUAAAAUGAAACUAUCGGUCGGUGUAUUGGACAUCCAAGUAUAAGAAGCAGCAAGUAAAGUUUUCUCUUGAGGAUUUAUUGGAUAUUUAGAUUUAACUUUUUAUAAUACUAAUAGUUACCAGGUUCCCAGGAUAAAACCUGAUGGGCAUGAGAUCUCCUAUUUUCAAGUUCUCAUAAAAAAUUUAUAUAAGUAGAAUUUUUCACUCUUGAGUACUGGAACAAAAAAUAAAACUUCUAGAAUAAUUGAUUUAUUCAGAAAUUAGAAAACAAACAAUUAUUCUCAGUUUUCGUGAUUAGAACUCUAAAAUAAACUGCUAAUCGUUAUCAAAGCAUAAGCAUUUUAUCUUCUCUUAGUCUGAUUCUGGCAAGCCUGCUGUUGAUCAUGUGUGAACUCUUUUAACUAAAAUGCAGCUUACUUUCCAUCAAGGAAAAACAGUGAAAUGUAUCGAUGAAAGCGGCAGAAACAGCAAAAAAGGUGUUGAACUUUUCUAAAUUAAAAGUGAACAUUCAAAUAUUCACAUACCUAGGAGUGAUAAAGUCUACAACCCUUGGGGCUUUGCUUGUUUAUAUAAUUCAUCGCUUUAGAUAGUUUAAUACCUAACCUGGCAACCUGAUUGCCUUUCAUAAAAGAGACUUAUCAGCAAAACAAUAAAAUCUUAAACUAGACUAACUCAGGAGAAAUCAAAAUCCUCAUUCUCUAUUCUGGCCAGUUCCCAGCAGAGAUUUUAUUGUUUUCAAUAACAAUUUAGAAAUGGCUGUUUAAAUUUAUUUCUAUUUCAUCAAGGCAUUUGGAGUGUCCUAGCACUAGGUCUUUCAAGUGGGAGGCUGGGAGACAUGAACCCAAGGCCUGUAGUCCGAGAGCACUGUGAGUAGACAAGAGAUGUGGUUCUCUCCGCACUGCUGCUCUCUCCCCUUUGUUUCCAGGCUCAGCCUGUUAAAUCUCUCUGCUUGAGGGAGUGUCUGCCUAGGAUAAAUAAUAGAGAGAAGGGAUAUCAGCAUCUAGGUCAUGGAGGCUGCUGCUUGGCCUCCAUGACAGUCCACUAUCCCACGUGGAAAACUGGGCUUUAUGGAGUGUCUUAUAUGCAUCUUACCUGGGUUUCACCAUCUUUAUCCAUCUGAAUACGACCAGGAGGGUGUUGCUACUAUCACCAUUUAUUUAUGAAAAUACAACCCAGUGUGAUGAAUGCACUAUUAGAAGUAUUAUUGGAAAGUAGAGAAUAUAUCCACCUGGCCAGAUAGUGGGGGAUAUGGGAGAGACUCAUAAAAAGCUAAUAUUUAAGCUGAGUCUUUCAAGACAAUUUUAACAAUCCCCAGGGUGGGAUAAGCAUUCCAGGUAUAAGGCUUCAUAUGCAAUGUCCGGGGAACAGGAACUUAUUGUAAAAGCAUCCUAUCAAAUACAAAAUUUUGUGAUAACUUCCCACACCUAGGGUAUACAGAGGACACAUAAGUCACUGAAGGUGUAACAGAAAUGUACAUUUAUGUAUUAAUAUAAUAUUUUACUAUGAGAUGAGAGACUAUAAAGCUAAUAAACUUUUUGGAGAGCGGAUGUUUGUCAGGAUGAAAUGAGGAGAAAUGUUUCAAACACCAAAUUUAUCUUAUAUAUUGAAAUUAUAAAAGGAAUCGCUGACUUAGUGUGAUGCGAUUUUCCUCACACACACACACACACACACACACACACACACACACACAAACAUACACAUACACACAGAGCAUAUGUAUGUGAUAAGAUUUUCCCCAUCUUAUUACAUAUGCACAAAGCCAAAAGUAACCUAAAACAUUUGCUGUCAUGAUAAAGAUAAAAAGGGUGUAUGGUGGAAAUGUAAUUUACUACAAUGAGGGACCGGUGGCCCAAUAUUUUGCAAGCUGUUUCUCUCACUUUGACAUUGUUUUGAUUUCCUGUUAUGCAUAAUCUAUGCAGAUGAGUUAUAUGUCAGAGUAAUUAGACAACCACAGAUAGAAAAUGCUUGUAGGCAAAAGAGUGCUCUCUGAUGGAUUUCUUAGAUGGAUUUCUACUGCCAGUCGCCAGAUACAUGCAUCCUUGUCACAAAGUCGAAUCAGAAAAUCUUUGCUAGAGACAAAUCAAUAAGAACACAGUUCUGACUGAGUUUUGAACAGUCUUUUUGAAAGACUACAAAUUUAUUAAUCUGUCUUGAGGAGGGGGCAAUAAAAAUGUGAUGUGUGGUGUACUAGUUUCUUUGAUGAAAGACUACAACCAGAAUAAAGAAAGUAUGUCUAAAAAGAAAUCUAAAAUCUUGUACAUUCAAUGAAACAUAAUUUAAUGGAGUCACUUUUGGAGGCUGUGCAUUUAUCCGUCCAAUGCUGUAAUUAUCAUUUUUUCCCCUUUUUCUUAAUUACCUUCAGAAGUUGUUUAAAAAACAAAGUGAAAAAAAAAAGUUUACAAAGAAAAGCAGUCAGAAAGAGCAUACAUUUAGAAUUGGAAAGUCCUUGGUCUAGAUUCCAGAUUCAGUAUUUACUAACUAGCUCAGUGACUUGGAGCAUGUUGCCCAGAGAACCUGUUUCCUCAUCUGUAAAAUGGAAAGAAUAGUAACUCACCAUCUAGAGGGAUGAGGAUAAAAUAAGAUAAUGCAUAUGAAAUUAUACAAUUAACUCACAGAUAACUCACAUCCCAAGCACCAUCUCAUAGUGAAUUUUAUACUGGACAUUAGCUUUACUAAAAUUUUAUUUCUCUAAAAAAUUGCACAUUGCUAUAUGUCAUGAAUGUUUGGAAGCUGCACCUGCAACUAUUUAUCAUAAAUCCACAGGUGCUAAGACUUUUGAUCUAAUUUGCCAAAUAAUUAAUUUAAAACCUAAAACAAAUACUAAGAUGGAUUUUCAUUAUAUUUUUAUUCUUUUAGUAAAAUCCAUGGCCAGGUAUGGAUAGAAAAAUGAUCUCUGCCUUCAUGUCUAUAUUAUUGUUUCUUUUCUGGUUCCAUUGCCACUUUCUAGUCUAUUUCUGUACCCUACUGUUGUUAGCUGCGGUUGAGUCGGCCCCCGACUUAUGGUGACCCUAUAUAUUACAGAGUAGAAUUGCUCCAUGGGUUUUUCUUGGCUGCAAUCUUUACAGAAGCAGAUCACCAGGCUUUUUCUUCCGCGGAGCCGCAGGGUAACCAACUUUCCAGUUAGCAGCUGAUCACAAACCGCUUGGGCCACCUAGGCUCCUAUAUUGGUCUAAAUUCCAAGUCAGCCUGUAACAGCAAGGAGAUUUUCUUGUAUCAAAACUAAAAUGGUUGGUGCAAUAAUUUAAUAGUUUUUACAUCUGCAAUUACUGAAAUAUGCACAUUAAGUGCAUCUCUAUCAGUGGUAUUAACUACAGCCAUGUCUAAUUUACUAAUAUGAAGAUCAGUGCAAUUGAUAACAUGAUUUUCUCUACUUCCAUGAGUUGCCUGCAGCUACUGUUUUCCUGAUAGCACGUUCUCUGUUGUGACCUGGGUAGUGUUCUGUGCAGCAGAUGGAGGAGGAGGGAGCAGGGGGUGGGGUGGGGCACAAGAUUGCUCUGGCUAUUUCUUUUUUUUUUUUCUUUUUGAGUUUGGAAGUGGGGAAUGACAAAAACACUGAAGUUGAAGAUCACAUUACAAUCAAUCUCUUCGUACCUUCUGCUGCCUGGCCCCAUCCACAAUUUGUUUUUUUUUUUUGCUAUUAAUCUGUCUCAUAUCCUCUAUGUCUGAGCUAUGCUACUUCCUAGCACAAUGCCUGUGGCACAUAAUUAUAUGGCAAAUUAACUUUGGAAUUCAAGACCGUCUAUGAAUUUCUGAUAAUUGUUGGACAGCCCUUUUUUCUUGCAGUAGGAAAUUAUAAAAUAAAUGAGAUCAUUGCAGUUUUAUGUGUCUAGUUUGCCUGAGUAAAGCUGGGAGUAUCUUUGGCUCUCAAUAAACUGUGUGUUUAGUGAGAAGUAUUCUAUUUCAAAGACAAACAUAAGUUUUAGCUACAUGCAAUAGAAUGCUUUGUCGGUAUAUACUUAUUUCAAAGGUAAAUACAAAUGGUAGCAAUAUGCGCUAAUACCCUAAGUGAACUAUUAUGUUAAGCUUUUAAGUCAACUCAAUCACAUUUCCACUAAAUACUCUCAAUUAUUUUAUAGACUUUUCUGUUCUAUAAGAUACUUAGUAUGUGUCAAUUACAGAGAAAGCAGGUUGUCCCUCUUCCAUGGACUACUGACAUUUUAGUUUUUCCCAUUUCCUUUACGGUUAUUGACUUUACAUUAAAGAAAAUCGUUUUAUUGUUGUUGACUUAUUUUAUAAAUGCCAUGAUAUAAAUUGGCCUAUAAAUUAUUUAAUUGUUCUUUCAAAUCACUGUUAUGCUUUCAAGGUAGUGUAAAUAGUAAGAAAGAAAAUUGACAUAAUGUGAAGCAUUGACAGAAGGAGAUUUUUAUAGCACAGUUGUGAUUGUGGAAAAUGUGAAGAAACAUUCAACCUAAAUCUUUAAUCACUAGUUGGAGGCCUGCCUAUCAUAAACCUAUGGAUAAAUCUCACUUCUAAUUCUAUACAGGCAGAAGAACUCAAGUUUUUGUUUAUUUGUUUUCAUUUUGUGCCUCAGAAUCAAAGAAAUUGUAGAGGUUAGGAGCAUGAGCGCUGGGCAAAUGGACUUGCCGCCAUCUCUUAGUGGUGUGUGUUGGCCAUGUUACUUGAUCUCUCCUUGCAUCUGUGUCUUCAUAUGUAAAAAUGUUUUAAAAAUAGUAACAUAUAAUUGUUGUGAGGAACACAUUCUCCCCAGUUCCUCCUUAUCCCCAUGCCUGAAAAACCUUUUAGGUACUUCACAUUUGUUGGCGAUAUGAAGGUGGUGAGUUCUGAAGUUUGAAGCAAGUAGGUGGAGCCAAUAUUCUGUUGAUUAUUUGCACAGUUUGGAUUGUACUUAACGAUGAGAUAAAACAUAAUCAUUGUAAAACAUCCCUCAGGUUGUCACGGACUGUAAUUAAUACCUCAAUACUGGCUAUGUUCAUUUCUUUAUGAAAUUAAAAACAAACACUGAAUAAAUCUACAAGCAUAUGUAGUGAUUUGGCUAAAUUUUGUUCGGAAGAGGGCAUUUGAAAGCAUUUGUAUGCGAACAUCAUUAAUAUUCAAACAUAACUUGGCUAUCUUACACUCUUACAUUAAAGGACAAAUACAAGUGUGUAAUGAUGCUUUUAAAAAUCACACAUUCAGCUUUUAAUCUUAUCCCAAUACAAUAUUCAUUCUGAUUCACAUGGAAAAGUGACUUUGAAAAAGGAAGGCAUACAAAGAUGUCUCCAAGUAAAUCUUCAGCAUACUCAUGGUGUUCUAUGUGAUUUUAAUUUUGCCAUGUAUUUCUCUUAUAUCUCAGUUUAAUGCAUUUAUAUUUUUAUUUAAUCAACUUUUAUUGGCAUGGAUUAUGUAAGCAUUAUUCAAGAUACAGAAGAUAUGAAGAUUAAAAAAGUCACAGCCCUUCCUUGCAUCCAGCUCAUGUUCUAGCCAGAGACAGACUGGCAAAUUCUAUCAGUGUAAUGUUUAGCUUCAUAUAAUAUCUUUUGGGGCAAUACCAUGGGGCAGUGGUGGUUCAGUGGUAGAAUUCCUGCUUUCCAUGCAGGACACCCAGGUUCAAUUCCUAACCAAUGCACUUCAUGCUCAGCCACCACCUGUCAGUGUAGGCCGGUGUGUUUCUAUGAUGCUGAAGAGGUUUCAGUGGAGCUUCCAGACUAAGAUGGACUAGAAAGUAAGGCCUGAAGAUGUACUUCUGAAAAUCAGCCAGUGAAAACCCUAUGGAUCACAAUGGUCUGCCCCACAAUGCAUUAUGGGGAGGGUGCAGGACUGGGCAGCAGGACUGGGCAGUAUUUGGUUCCAUUGCAUGGGGGACAGGAGUCAAGUUCAAAUCCAUGGCAGCUAAUAUCAACAACAUUAUCUUUGGACCUGCCUGGUCACCAUACAUGGGCAAUAGUUUUCUAUGUAAAUUUUUUACUCAUAGAAGGAGUGUAUGCAUUAAUUAAUUUUUUGCUGGAAGAUAAAAAUGUUAACUUGCUUGUAAAAAUUUGAACUUUAUCUUCACUUUGAAAGGGGCUAAUAUGGGCUCAAGGUUCGGGAGAGGACUUUCUGGACGAGUACAAACGUUGUGACUAUUGGUGAUACCAAUAUUUAUAUCCACUCUAUAAUUUACAGUGCGCUUUCCUAAUACUUAUUUCUGAGUGUUUAUUUUGUUAACUACACCAUCAUGUAGGUUAGAUUUCCUUCAUACUUUAAUAUUCGAUAAAUACCAAAUUUUUUUUGCCUGACCUAACUUAUCCGUUAUUUCUCCUUUGUCCAUAGAUACCAUACAUAACUUCACCUUUCCCUGAAUGUUUUCUAGGCUUUCUCACCAAUACACUGUGGACUAGGUGGUUUUCUGAGUAGAGUAGUCACCAGGCUCCAUCUAUGCUGUGUAAAUGUUCCUGGAUGAGGCUUCAUGAUACUGGAAAGUCCCAAAACAUCACCAUGAAGUUGUCCUUUUUGUACUUGGUUGGGAUGCUUUGCAUCUUAUGCAAAGAUGGGGAAACUCUAUUUUACAAACAAAAAUCAGAAAGACAGAAAAGAGAAUCAGGUACCACAAGCUCGUCUGACUACAAUACAUAUGGACAACUAAGCACUCCAGAAAAAGGAUCCCAUAUUCCAGAAGCAACUCCCAAAUACUCUGAAACAAAUACAAUUGUUGGUGAAGCUUCUACUUGGGGCAAAGGAGCUUACAAAGCCUUCAAUGGCCGCAUCUUUUCCUUUGAGUCUUCAUGCACAUACACUUUCUGCCGUCACUGCGUUGAAUCUGAAGGAGAUUUCAAUAUUGAGAUCAAACGAAACAAUGAGAGUGAGAUUGAAAAAAUAGCAGUCAUAAUUGACAGUAAUGACAUCUCUAUUUUUGGUGAUGUCAUUUUGGUUAAUGGAGAAAGCGUACAGAUACCAUAUAAUAAUAAGCUGAUUCACAUUAAAACAUAUGGAGAACAUAAUGUCUUGAAUAGCCGUAGAGGAAUCCUGUCUUUAAUGUGGGACGAAAAUAACAAACUCUCACUCACUCUUCACAAACAAUAUCCUACUUGUGGUCUUUGUGGUAACUUCAACAGCAUCCCAGGGGAAGAGAUCAAUGAGCACAUUGCCAGUAGUAAAAUUCCUGGUGAUUGUCCUGAGGCCGUUAGUAAAAGCUAUGAAGUUUGUGAAAAUGGAAUGCAGUACUGUAACAAAAUUAUUGGAACCUACUUUGAGAAAUGUGGAAAAGUUGCCUCCUUAUCCAAUGACUACAAAAUGGUCUGCAUUGAUGAGUACUGCCAAAAUGGAGACAAAAAUUCUACUUGUGACACUUAUUCAGAAUUAUCCCGCCUCUGUACUGCAGAUGGUCCUGGCACCUAUGAAUCCUGGAGAGAUGAUUCUGAUGUGGUUUGCGAAAAGCCUCUGUGCCCAGAAAAGCACAUCUACAAAGAAUGUGGACUCUCAAAUCCUGCAACUUGUUCUAACGUGGCUCCUUUUCAAGACAGUGAAUGUGUGAGCGGCUGCACCUGCCCUGAAGGUUAUCUGUUGGAUGAUAUUGGAGAGAAAGGAAAAUGUGUAUUAAAGGCUGAUUGCCCCUGUGAAUCUAAUGGAAAUGUGUAUCAGUCAGGAGAAGUCCGAGAAGGUCCUUGUGGUUCUCAGUGCACAUGCCAAGAAGCGAAGUGGUCUUGCACUGAAGCGUUAUGUCCUGGGAGAUGUAAGGUGGAAGGAAGUUCACUUACCACCUUUGACGGUGUUAAAUUUAACCAUCCUGGAAACUGUCAGUUCUUGGCCAUCCACGAUGAUGAUUGGUCUAUUAGUAUUGAACUUCGUCCAUGUCCAAGUGGUCAAACAGGAACAUGUUUAAAUAGUGUUACACUUCUGUUGAAUUCUUCUGUUACAGUUGACAAAUAUAUAUUCAAUAGAGAUGGCACAGUUACAAAUGACAAGAUAAAAAAUCAAGGUUAUUACUAUUCCGAUAAAAUACAGAUCUUCAAAGCAUCUUCCUUGUAUGUUCAAGUAGAGACAUACUUUAAAGUAAAAAUGCAAAUACAAAUUGAUCCUGUAAUGCAAUUAUAUAUUUCCAUGCCACCUAACCAAUUCACAGACACCGUAGGACUCUGUGGUUCCUACAACAACAAAGCAGAGGAUGAUUUCAUGUCAAGUCAGAAUAUAUUGGAGAAAACCUCUCAGGCAUUUGCUGACUCUUGGGAAAUGAUGUCCUGCCCUAAAGGAAACCCAGCUUCGUGUGUCAGUAUAGAAACAGAGACGUUUGCUGAUAGGCAGUGUGCAAUUCUUCUUGAUUCUGCUGGGCCUUUUGCUCCCUGCCAUCCUAUUGUGAAUCCUAAACCCUAUCUUGAGGAAUGCAAAAAACAAACUUGCAGUUGUGAUAAGAGUGAAGAUUGUCUGUGUGCAAUGUUAGGCAACUAUGUGAAAGCGUGUGCUGAGAAGGAAACAUACAUAGUGGGCUGGAGAACUGGACUAUGUGAACACUCUUGUCCAAGUGGCCUAGUUUUCAAGUACAAUGUCAGAGCCUGCAAUAGUUCUUGCCGAUCAUUGUCAGAGAGAGAUAGGAGCUGUGAUGUAGAAGAUGUUCCAGUUGAUGGAUGCUCCUGUCCUGAUGGAAUGUACCAGAAUGAUGAAGGAAAGUGUGUUCAGAAAUCUCAGUGUGACUGCUACGUAAAUGAUGAGGUCGUGCAACCAGGCAAACUCAUCCAUAUUGACGACAAUACAUGUGUCUGUCGUGAUGGAAUUCUUCUUUGCCAGACUCCCAUUGAUUUAACCCUACAGAACUGUUCAGGAGGGGCUCAAUAUGUAGACUGCGGUGAUCCCAAGGCACAGAAAAGAACUGAUAUAACAUGCAGCACUCGGAACAUACCUAUUUUUGAUGAGAAUUUGCCUUGCAAACGUGGGUGCUACUGUCCAGUAGGAAUGGUUCGAAAUUCCAAAGGGCAGUGUGUGUUUCCUGAUGACUGCCCAUGCUCUUUUGGUGGACGAGAAUAUGACCAAGGAAGUGUCACCUCGGUUGGCUGCAAUAAAUGUACUUGCACAAAAGGAUCUUGGAACUGUACACAAAAUGAAUGUCAAAACACUUGCCAUAUCUAUGGGGAAGGUCACGUUAGAACUUUUGAUGGAAAACGUUAUAGCUUUGAUGGUCUCUGCCAGUAUUCCUUUCUUGAGGACUAUUGUGGCAGUGAAAAUGGCACAUUCCGUGUUUUAACCGAAAGUGUCCCAUGCUGUGAAGAUGGGCUUACGUGCUCAAGAAAGAUUAUAGUUGCUUUUAAGGACCAGAAUGUUAUCUUGCAAGAUGGUAAAGUAACAGCAGUCAAAACUACAGAAAGCAAGGAAUGUGAACUCAGUGCAAACACAUACUCCAUACAUACCGUUGGCUUGUACUUGAUUCUGAAAUUUGUAUCUGGAUUAACCCUGAUUUGGGACAAGAAUACGAGAGUCUCUGUUAUAUUGGAUCCACGCUGGAAUGGCAAAGUGUGUGGUCUUUGUGGAAACAGCAAUGGCGAUCUCAAGGAUGAUUUCACGACUAGAUAUUCGUCACUAGCUUCUGGAACACUGGAGUUUGGAAAUAGUUGGAAAACAAGUCAAGAAUGUUCAGACACAGUAACUCAAACUUUCCCAUGUGACUCAAACCCAUAUUGCAAAGCCUGGGCUGUACAGAAAUGUGAGAUCAUCCGGGACGUCACCUUCAGAGAUUGCCACAGCAAGGUUGACCCCAGCGCUUACUAUGAUGCAUGUAUUGAAGAAGCCUGUGCGUGUGACAUGGAGGGGAAGUACCUUGGAUUCUGCACUGCCGUAGCUAUGUAUGCGGAGGCGUGCAGUGCAGUUGGUGUCUGUGUCCCGUGGAGAAAACCAAAUCUCUGUCCUGUCUACUGUGAUUAUUACAAUGCCCCUGGAGAAUGCAACUGGCAUUAUGAACCCUGUGGGACAGUGACUGCAAAAACAUGCAAAGAUCGGGUCAUUGGCCAGAAAUUCUCUGCACUUUUAGAAGGUUGUUACGCUAAAUGCCCGGAGAGUGCUCCCUAUCUGGACGAAAACACAAUGAAAUGUGUCGAUUCAUCUGAGUGCAGCUGUUUCUAUAAUGAUAUUAUACCAGCAGGGGGAGUUAUCCAAGACGAUUGUGGAAGAACAUGCUAUUGCAUUGCAGGGGAGUUGGAGUGCGGUGAAACUGUUCCUACAAAUACAACAUUUACAGUUUCUACUACAAGAGCUACCUCAGUAUUAAGCACCGAAACAGCAAUUACACUGGUUACCAGUAUCCCUGGCACAGCAUCAUCCAUUCCAGGGAUUACAGCAUCAAGCAGUGAAACAAUAGGUGUUACUACGCCUCCGGCUCCUUUCACCACAGUAGCUGGAAGCACAGGCACAACAGGAACGGGGGGCAUCCCCUUCACCAGUCCUGGGGGCAUAUCAGAAAGACCCACUGACUCAACAAUUGGGGGUGAAAGAGACAGCACUUCUAGUGAACCAAGAACUGGAGCCACAAGGCAAGGACCAACUACUGGGACAGGAGCUUCAGCUUCACCAGGCAGUGAAGUUACAUCAUCUGAAGGCAAAACUGAGGUGUCACCUGGCACAACGCUUGGAUCUGGAAGUAGCAGCACCUUCGGGGAAAUAGGCACUGGAGCUACAAGUUCUGAACCAUCAGGGACCUCAGGAGUCUCUGCAGGUUCCACCACCACCAGUCCUGGGAGUAAGGGCAUAAAUGGAGCCUCAGCUACACCAGCCACAACCACUGGAAGCCAGGCAGGAUCAACCAGACCACUAGCUAGUACACCUGGACCAUCAGCUGGUACACCUACUGGGCCAAGUGGAACAACUGGAGCACCAAGCAGUGAAGUGACACCAUCUGAAGGCAAGUCAGGUACCACAGGAGGGUCCGUGGGAGUGACCACAGGAGCAGGCAGAGGAAGCACAGCUGAAACAUCAGGCACUGGGGCCACCAGCUCUGGAAAACCAGCAGGAACAACUGGAGGAACAAGUGCAGCCACCACUGGAGCUGGUGGUGAAAACACAUCUGGAGCAUCAGGAACACCUGGGGUAUCACCUGGAGCGACUUCUGGACCCGGAAGCAGCAGCACCCCUGGAAAAGAAGUCACUGGAGCCCCGGGUUCUGGUAAGAUAGGCCAGGCUGGACAUGGUGCCUGAGCAGUUCCCAUCCGGGCCCUCCUGCAGGAGGCGAUGAUCUGUGAAAAUCGGGCUAUAACUAGUGUCAGGAAACAGGGCUGAGGCAAGUUGGAGGGAUCGUGUCUUUCACUCUCUUUUUUCUGGAAGCUCUGAACAUCUCCUAUCAGAACAGCAGUGGCAGGUUUAACGUCCACCCUGGUUC